AAAGAGUUAGGCCACUUUGCCACUCUCACAAACAAACGGAAGGUGUAUAUGAAACAAUUCUUUUGGAUUUUCAAUAAUACUGUACGAGUACAAUUUACGAAUCAAAAACCAACCAAAAAAAGAACAAAAACGCAAAAACUCUGUUACAAAUUCCUUUCUUAUGGAAGAGAGAUUAAUGGACCAGGAACAUCCACCCUCUCCAAAACUCUAAAAUCCCAUCUAUUUUAUUUAUUAUUUAUUAUAAAUAUACCAUGUAAUUCUAAUUUCCAUCUCCCAAUCUCCUCAUUUUCUCUCUCCUCGAUUUUGAAUGAACCUGGACUAAAAAUGGCGGAAGGUGAGUUUUUGUUUUCCAAGGAAUUGGAUGUUGCUGUUCGAGUUGUUCAUUUGGCUUGCGCUUUAUGCCAGAGAGUUCAGAAUAGCUUGCUUUCCACUAAUGCUUCCCAGGUCAAUUCUAAAGAUGAUGAUUCUCUUGUCACCGUUGCUGAUUAUAGUGUACAAGCUGUUGUUAGCCAGAUACUGUCAGAAUCUUUCGGAAGCCAAAAUUUGUCCAUUGUUGCUGAGGAAGAUGCACAAACUCUCUCAAAGUCUGACUUAUUGCAGGCAGUGGUGAAUACAGUGAACGAAAGCUUCUCAGAAGCUCCUAGGUUUGGUCUUAAAGUCUCAAAUAUUCCUCUUUCCCCCAACCAAGUGCUUGAAGCCAUUGGUCGAUGUAACUCUUCUGGUGGUCCUAAAGGAAGACAUUGGGUUUUGGACCCUGUUGAUGGAACCCUGGGCUUUGUACGUGGCAAUCAGUAUGCGGUUGCCCUAGCGUUGAUCGAGGAGGGAAGGGUAAUACUUGGAGUCCUGGGGUGCCCCAACUACCCAGUGAAGAAGGGUCUAGUGAACCACCAUCAUCAACUCGCAUCAGAAAUGUCCUCUGCCUCUCCUGAUAUGUGGGAGAAGGGCUGUGUAAUGUAUGCAAAGAGAGGCACUGGUAAGGCAUGGAUGCAGCCAUUAAUUCAUGGAGAAUUGAAGCUUAAAUCCUUUCAAUCUGCGAGAAAAAUUCAAGUUUCCUCCGUUAAGGAUCCAGCUCUUGCAACAUUUUGUGAACCAGUGGAAAAAGCCAAUACCAGUCAUUCUUUCACAGAAGGGGUAGCUCACUGUGCAGGACUUAGGAAGAAGCCUUUGCGUGUAUAUAGUAUGGUGAAGUAUGCAGCCAUAGCUAGGGGAGAUGCAGAAAUUUAUAUGAGGUUUGCUACGGCUGGCUAUAAAGAGAAGAUAUGGGAUCAUGCUGCUGGUGUGCUUAUUGUACAAGAGGCUGGUGGUGUGGUCACUGAUGCAGGAGGACGCCCACUGGACUUUUCAAGGGGAGUGUAUUUGGAAGGUCUUGAUCGUGGAAUAAUUGCUUGUUCUGGAGCUGUAUUACAUGAGAAAAUUAUAGGUGCUGUUGAUACUAGUUGGGAAUGCUCUCUCCUGUGAAUGUGGGAGUAUCUGCAUUGAAGAAGCUGAACUGCAUUUUUGAGGUUUCUGCCGCUGCUUCUUCCAGUGAACUCAGGAAGGAUGCCCAUGAAGAA